AGGGCUACCUAUCUAAGGGUUACGAGUCCGGCUUUUACUGUAUUUCAUCUUAGUUGUUGUUGAUUAAUAUAUGUUCAUCUUUCCUGUAAUCAGUUAUUAUUUUAUACCUUAUGGUGUAUUUUGGAAACUAUAGACGUUUUAAAUAUUUCUAAAAUAAACAGAAUUAUUAUUUUCAAAGAUGUCGCAAAAUUCUGAAAAGCCAUCAAGUCAGGAUGUCGCUGAUCCAACAGGACCUGCAGGCCGAAAGGGUGUCCUUAUAUCUUUCCGAACAGGAAAGACUAUGGAAAUACCGGAAAAAGAUAUUCUCGGGCGAUGUAGAUUUGUUGGAGAAUUUGAAAAAUUAAAUCGCAUUGGUGAAGGCACCUAUGGAAUUGUUUAUAGAGCAAAAGACAAGUUAAGUGGGAAUAUUGUGGCACUUAAAAAGGUGAGAAUGGAUGUGGAGAAAGAUGGACUUCCUUUGAGUGGUCUACGUGAAAUACAAGUGCUCAUGUCUUGUAUGCAUGAGAAUGUUGUACAAUUGAAGGAAGUACUUGUGGGUCGUUCAUUAGAAAGUAUAUUUUUAUCUAUGGAGUAUUGUGAGCAAGACCUGGCAUCACUUCUGGACAAUAUGUCAUCACCAUUCACCGAGUCACAAGUAAAGUGCCUUAUGCUCCAAGUGCUUAAGGGACUCAAAUAUCUGCAUUCAAAUUUCAUUGUACAUAGAGAUUUGAAAGUUUCAAACUUAUUACUUACUGACAAAGGAUGUGUUAAAAUAGCGGACUUCGGGUUAGCCCGAUGGCUAGGUGCGGCGGCGAGGAGUGCGACCCCGCGGGUGGUGACACUGUGGUACCGUGCACCAGAGUUACUACUACAGGCGCCGCGGCAGACUCCCGCUCUCGACAUGUGGGCCGCUGGCUGCAUCCUUGGCGAGCUGCUUGCUAACAAGCCCUUGCUGCCUGGUCGGUCUGAAAUAGAACAACUGGAGCUCAUUGUAGAUUUACUUGGGACCCCGUCUGAUGCUAUAUGGCCGGAGUUCAGCACUCUGCCGGCUCUGCAAAACUUCACAUUGAAGCAACAACCUUACAACAACUUGAAACAACGUUUCCCAUGGCUAUCGGCUGCAGGGCUGCGACUACUUAAUUUCUUAUUCAUGUACGACCCCAACAAACGUGCCACUGCCGAGGAAUGUCUACAAAGUUCAUACUUCAAGGAGCAGCCAUUACCGUGUGAUCCUAAACUAAUGCCAAGUUUUCCUCAACAUCGAAACAUGAAAGGGCAACAAAAGAGUUCGUCCAAUCAAUUGAACAUACCCUUGUCAAACUUAAACACAGGCGCCAAUGACCAAACAAAUAAUCUUCCCGCCAUUUCUGAUCUUUUAGGAUCUCUAGUCAAGAAACGAAGGUUAGAGUAAACUGAAAGUUUAGAUUAAGAUGUCGUAUUUUAAGUCUCAAAUAUAAAUUCAUGUAAUUUGAAA